AUGGCGAUAGUUUUGAGAUUUGUUGAUGUAGAAGGGAUCAUACGGGAAAGGUUAUUGGAUUUGGUUCAGGUUAGGGAUACCUUAUCAUUAACCAUGAAAACAAAUAUGUGGAGACAACUUUUUCACUAUCAGUUUGAUGUUCGUAAAAUCCACGGCCGAAGUUAUGAUGGUGCUAGUAAUAUGAGAGGAGAAUGGAACGGAUUACAAGCACUUUUUCUUAAGGAUUUUUGUGCUUCCAGUAAGCGUCAUGAUGAGUUACAAAAGGCGAAGGCAACUAAGAUUGAACAAUUAUUGGAACUAGGUGAAAUCGAAUCAGUCAAAGGAUUAAAUCAAGUUGGGACAUUAAGAAGAGCUGGUGAUACACGUUGGGGUUCUUAUUUUCUUUCUGUUUGUAGUUUGCUUAACAUGUUUGACUGUACUCGUGUUGUUAUCCAGGGAAUAAUUGAUGAUGUAUUUACUACUUAUUCUCAACGUGGAGAUGCUGAUGCAACUUAUUGUUUCCUAAAAUCAGUUGAGUUUGUGUUUAUUCUUCACUUGAUAAAGGAAGUAAUGGGGAAAACUGAUACACUUUCUCAAGCUCUACAAAAUAAAUCCCAAUAUAUUCUUAAUGUCAUUGAGUUAGUUUCAACAACAAAUGAGGGUCUAAAUGAACCCAGAAACAAGGGAUGGGAUUCUUUACUUGCACAGAAACAUCAAAUAGAUAUGUCAGCCACAUUGGACAAACAACUACAUGAGUUGAAUAGUAGAUUCAAUGAUCAGGCGAUGGAGCUAUUAAGUCUUAGUUCUACUUUAGUUUCAAAAGAACACCCUAAAGUGAUUAAAGUUGAUCAAAUCUGUCUUCUUGUUGAGAAGUAUUAUCCCGAAGAUUUUACGGAGCAAGAUAGAAUUCAAUUACGAUAUCAAUUGGAGAUUUUUAAUAUUGAUAUGACAAAGAAUCCCAGGCUUAGUGGUGUAUUGUGA